AUGGGUAACGUGUUGGCAUCCUCGAAACCGAUUGCUGGGCCCGGCGGUCUGCCACCGCCGAUGCCCACAGAAGCGCUCACGUCGGUCGGUGAUGGUGCCGGUGCACCCGAUAAAGCAUCGGGUGAUGCAAAACCAUUAGAAAAUCCCGGGACGAUGGAAGAACUACACAGGAAAUGUAAAGAUGUGAUGCCCACAAACUUUGAAGGAGCCAAACUGAUGAUAAACAAGGGCUUAAGCAACCAUUUCCAGGUCUCACAUACGAUUAAUCUGAACUCUUCGAAUACUAGCGGUUAUCGCUUUGGUGCGAUGUACGUUGGCACCAAACAACUUUCCCCAACGGAAGCAUUUCCCGUCGUGCUUGGUGAUAUUGAUCCGUCGGGAAAUCUAAACGCAAACAUCAUUCAUCAAGUAACACCGAAUGUUCGGUGCAAAUUCGCAUCACAGAUCCAAAGCAGCAAAGUAACGGCGGCACAACUUACGACAGAUUAUAAGGGACCAAACUAUACAACUUCGCUCACCGUCGGCAAUCCAAAUGUCAUUAAUAAUUCGGGCGUUAUGGUCGCGCAUUACCUACAGGCCAUUACGAACCGACUGGCAAUGGGUGGAGAGUUUGCCUAUCAGUACGGACCGGCAGUUCCCGGUGGACAGAUUGCUUUAAUGUCUGCUGCAGCCAGGUACGCAACGGAUCUGUACACAUGGUCCGGCACGGUUGGUGCAGCAGGAGUGCAUCUUUGCUACUACCAGCGUGCCAGCGAGCAACUUCAAAUUGGAGCGGAAGUAGAAACCAAUUUCCGGAUGCAGGAAUCUGUCGCCACCAUUGGCUACCAGGUGGACCUGCCAAAGUCGGACCUAGUGUUCCGGGGUAUGGUGGACAGUAACUGGACGGUAGGAGCGGUCCUAGAGAAAAAGUUACAACCAUUACCCUUCACCUUCGCGCUCAGUGGUAUGCUGAAUCACACUAAAAAUCAAUUCCGACUCGGGUGUGGGUUGAUUGUGGGCUAG